GCUCCUCUUCUCCUCAACCUCAACUAUAGCGGGAAAAAAAGAGGGUUCCCCUUCUAGGCUUCUAUCCUUCGCUCAAAGAAAAAGUGGGACGAAGAUGGCGCCACUGUUGCAGAGCUCGCAACCAUGGGUUGAGAAAUAUCGACCGAAGAAAGUCAAAGAUGUGGCACACCAGGAGGAGGUGGUCCGGGUCCUCACCAACACACUAGAGACUGCUAACUGCCCGCAUAUGCUCUUCUAUGGACCGCCAGGCACUGGUAAAACCACCACGGCGCUAGCCAUUGCUCACCAGCUUUUCGGUCCUGAACUAUACAAGUCUAGGGUGCUGGAGCUAAAUGCCAGUGAUGACCGUGGAAUCAAUGUGGUUCGAACAAAGAUCAAGGAUUUUGCUGCUGUGGCUGUAGGUUCUGGUCAGCGUCAAGGGGGCUACCCUUGCCCCCCUUAUAAGAUUAUUAUCCUCGAUGAAGCGGAUUCCAUGACUGAAGAUGCUCAGAAUGCCCUGAGACGUACAAUGGAAACCUACUCCAGGGUUACAAGAUUCUUUUUUAUAUGUAACUAUAUCAGCAGGAUCAUUGAACCACUUGCUUCAAGAUGUGCAAAGUUCAGGUUCAAGCCACUUUCCGAAGAAGUUAUGAGCAGUCGUAUAUUGCAUAUUUGCCAGGAAGAAGGCCUCAAUCUGGAUGCAGAGGCUCUUUCAACAUUAAGUUCUAUCUCACAGGGUGAUCUUCGUCGGGCUAUAACAUACUUGCAGGGAGCUGCUCGGCUAUUCGGAUCGUCAAUUUCUUCAGAGGACCUUAUUAGUGUGUCAGGGGUUAUUCCACAUGAGGUUGUUGAGUCACUUUUUACAGCUUGUAAAAGCGGUAAAUUUGAUUUGGCUAACAAGGAGGUGAGUAAUGUAAUUGCAGAGGGAUAUCCAGUAUCUCAGAUGCUUUCUCAGUUAUUUGAUGUGGUUGUUGAAUCAGAAGAUAUAUCAGAUGAACAGAAGGCUCGAAUAUGUAAGACUUUGGGGGAAGCUGAUAAGUGUCUUGUUGAUGGAGCAGAUGAGUAUCUGCAGCUGCUGGAUGCAGCCAGCAGUACGAUGCGAGCCCUUUGCAACAUGCCUCAAGAAUUUACAUAUGAAAGUUAAAAGAGAGUUGUAAAACUGAGACCAGAUCAAGAUGCAAUGGGAUUAUAAGAUAAUGCCGAACUAGUUUUAUGUUUCAUCUGAAAAAACUUUUGGUGCACAAACAAUUGCCUUGUCCUCUCUGAUUACUUGUUUCUUGUAUAAUAUCAGUUUGUGUCACUCCAAAAGUUGGGAUGGCAUCUGACACAAUAGUAGCCUCGUCAACGUGUUCUCUAUGAUUACUGUA